CAACUAAAAAACUAGAAAGAAGAAAGAAAGGAAAGUGAGGUUAGUGGUUGGUUGGUUGGUCGGUUGGGACAGCAAAACCAAAACAAAAGAUGAAGACUAUGGUGACGCCAUUGAUGAAAAUUUCCCCAUUUUCUCGGCCAAAUGGCAUUUAUAUUAAUAAACCCUCUUCUCUCGUUCCUCUUUCCCCUCUCACACCCCAACGCAACUCUUCUUCACCAAACUCCCUCACCUUUCCCACUCUCACUCCUACUCUUUCUGUUUCCAUGGCCGCUUCACCCCAAUCCACCGCUCCGACUGCAUCCCCUGGCGGUGUUAACAUCAACAAAGAUGAUGUUUUUCAGUUAAUUCAGGCGCAUCAGGAAAAAGCUGCUAGGCUUCCACCGGUAGAAGAAAUUCGAACUUUCCUUGAUCGCAGCGUGCGCGGGAUGCUAUCUACCUACUCAAAGAAGUUUGAGGGUUAUCCAUCUGGGUCGAUGGUGGACUUUGCAUGUGAUGCAAAUGGAUAUCCGAUACUAGCAGUGAGCGACUUGGCAGUUCAUACGAAGGACUUGGCUGCAAAUCCUAAAUGUUCACUGCUGGUGCCUAGAGAUCCUGAAGAUAGGACUGAUCUAGUUGUCACUUUACACGGUGAUGCUGUCUCUGUACCUGAAAACGAUAAAGAAGCCGUACGAGCUGCAUAUUUGGCAAGACAUCCCAAUGCAUUUUGGGUUGACUUUGGGGACUUCCAUUUUCUGCGCAUUGAACUGAAAGUUGUACGAUAUGUGUCAGGUGUUGCUACAGCUUUGUUAGGAUCAGGAGAGUUCAGUCCAGAUGAAUAUAAAGCUGCAAAAGUUGAUCCCCUAGCUCAGUUUUCCAAGCCGGUGGCGUCUCAUAUGAACAAAGAUCAUGCUGAGGAUACAACAGUGAUUGUGCAGCACUGGACCUCAGUUCCGGUGGAAUCUGCAUACAUGCUAGAUGUUGAUAGUGUUGGCUUCAAUGUCAAGGCUGGUUAUAAGGGUGAUACUUUCAAGCUCAGAGUACCUUUUCCUCGACGUGCAGCAGACAGAAAGGAUAUUAAGACUCUAAUUGUUGAGAUGCUUCAAGCUGCUAGACCUCAUGUUGAUUGAUUGCUCCACAGAUAGACAGAAAAAAUAAACAGUACACUACACUAUGCCUAUCAUCUUUGGGAGAAGAGAAAAACAAAAUGUGUUCCUUCAAAACUUGGCCAUGUGAGUCCCCCACACACAAGAUGACAAAAACAAAAUGGAUGACCCUUUUUACCCUUUUUCACUCACUAUUCAGUAUUAUUUUCUUGGGGUGGAAAAAAAAGAAAAGAAACCCUUGAAAUUCCUUACAUAGAAAAGUGGUGUGAUUGUGAAUGAAAGAAACUUUGUAUAUAAUAUGAUCGUGAAUGUGAUCUUCCUCCAGGUGUACUCUUGUUGGAGAAAUUAUAUGAAUCCAUAAAUAAAUAAACUCCAUUAAUUUUUAGGACAA